UUUAGAGUUUUGGAGAUUAAUUUUAAAAAUAAAAAAAAAUAUUUUUAAAUUUUCAUAAAAUAUGCAUUCGACAAUUUUCUCAGGUUUGAUUCUCGCAAACGUUUUGAUAGGAUCCUGUCUUCCAGCAUCCGUUCCAGCAAAAGCUUUAAAAGUUCCUAACACCUACUAUGGCUGGGAAAGCAAAUUGAAGAAAGAUUUACUCGAUGAAUACGAUUCCGACGUGAUUCCAAUCAAAGAAAUCGGCAAACCUAUAAUUGUCAAGGUUGGGUUAUCUUUAUCGGCCGCUCACAAAAUCGACAUCGAGAAGCACAAAUUUUCCGGCAAUUACUUUUAUAAAAUGGAAUGGAAAGAUGAGCGUCUAAAAUGGGACCCUUCUGAAUACGGAGGCGUAAAGACGGCGUUUUCAUUCGGCUCUGACGACAUUUGGAUACCAGAUAUAACACUCUACUUUGGUUCUAUAGAUGAGCCAGAUGCUUUAACCAAACCUCCUUACACAAUAAUUCGCAAUGACGGAACAAUCGUGUGGGUUCCUCAGGCCAAGAUAAAAAUUUACUGCCAACCUGAAUAUCCGAAGAGAACACCAUCAGCUACCGAUGAAUCAGAAAUUGAAGGACACCACCACUCCAUUAAACAUCAUCAUCACGAUUUCUCUGUGGAAGACACCCUCAUAAUUAUAAUGAACAUGUCGGCCCCUGAAAACUCCUCAACCGAUGGCUCCGAAGAUGUAAACUCCGCGUCUAGUUUAGAUAAAUCGGAAGCGGUGGGAGCGAAAACGGAAUCCAAAAAAGAAGGCCAAGAAAGUUUAGAAAAAGCUGUAAAAGAAAUAAAGGAGAAAAGUAAAGGAAAACAGGAAGACGAAAAGAAUGAAGAAGACGGGGAAAAGAAAGAGAAGAAAAAAAAUAAGGAAAAGAAGGAAAAGGAGGAUGAUGAUGAUGACGACGAUGACGACGACGAUGACGACGAAAAAAAGAAAGGCAAAUCUAGAAGGGGAAUUUUCAAAAAAAGGCAUAAUAAACGGGCAUGGAGUCGACCCGGAUUCAAAUUCAGUAACAAACCUAAAACUAAGCACCAUCAUGGUAAAUUUCACAAAUUAGACGGUUUAAUUGAACAUUGCGAUAUUAAAUUCGGUUCAUGGAUUUAUGAUAUCGAGUAUAUUAAGGUGGAACCGUUCACGAACGAAACGGGAGUCAAUAUGGAAUACUUACAAUUCACCCACAUCAACGAUUCGAAUAAAAAUGAAUCCAGCUCCCAUGAUAAGGAAGAAUAUUCCGAUUCUUUGAACAUAACCAUGGGGCCUACAGAAAAGAAUGCAUCUAAAAAUUCCAGCGUAUCUUCUAACGAUAACGAUAUUAAAAAAAAUACCUCCGAUAGUUCUGACAUCGAAGAAUGCGGCAAAGGAGUUUGUCUGACCCCUAGACACGAUAUUACUUGGAAAGUCAUCGAAAAUAAGAUUGAAACUCACCAAUCUAAAUAUCCCUGUUGCGAAAUGCCUUACAGCUACAUAACUUUUCAUCUAAAAUUCAAAAAGUUACAUCGCCAUCACCACAAGCAUCAAAACUAGCCGCAUGACUAUGUUUAUCAAAUUAUAUUUCGUAAAAAUUAAAUUUUUAAAAUCAUUAUUUAUACAAGUUAGUAAAUUUUUUUUAUAAGAUUCUUGAUUUACUUUGUAUGCAAGAGAUAAACUGCAAUAAUUUUUUUUUAUUAUAAUCAAAAUUUAGGUAAAU